AUGACGUGGUGCACCAUGCCAAGCAAUAACUUCUUACCUAACAAUCCUUAUAAACCAGCUCAUUUUGUCCUCGCACCAAACAAGCGUGAGAGGGAGAAUGGAUCGGCGCGUCGCCCUCGCCAUUGCCGUGCUCUCCCUCAUCCUCUCCUCGGUGGCCUCUCAGGCCCCCGCAUUCUCUCCCUCCUCCUCCUCUUCCGCCCCCUCCCCGUCCAAAUCCGCCCCCACCUCCGCUCCCUUACCCUCCAAGUCCACCUCCACCUCCGCCCCCUCCCCAUCCAAACCCGCCUUCAACCCCACACCAGCUCCAGUAUCUCCCCCUCCCUCCUCCUCCAUUGCCACGCCCCCAGCCGGCGCCCCGUCCUCAUCUCCUCCCCUCGCGAAGGCCCCGCCGACCCCCGCCCCGGUCCUUCCACCUCCGUCGCCGGCGCCGGUGAGCUCUCCGCAGAUUCCUCCGCCCGCAUUGCCUCCCCCGGCGCCGGUGAGCUCUCCGCCGAUCCCUCCGCCCGCAUUGCCUCCCCCGGCGCCGGUGAGCUCUCCGCCGAUCCCUCCGCCCGCAUUGCCUCCCCCGGCGCCGGUGAGCUCCCCGCCGAUCCCUCCGCCCGCAUUGCCUCCCCCGGCGCCGGUGAGCUCCCCGCCGAUCCCUCCGCCCGCAUUGCCUCCCCCGGCGCCGGUGAGCUCCCCGCCGAUCCCUCCGCCCGCAUUGCCUCCCCCGGCGCCGGUGAGCUCCCCGCCGAUCCCUCCGCCCGCAUUGCCUCCCCCGGCGCCGGUGAGCUCCCCGCCGAUCCCUCCGCCCGCAUUGCCUCCCCCGGCGCCGGUGAGCUCCCCGCCGAUCCCUCCGCCCGCAUUGCCUCCCCCGGCGCCGGUGAGCUCCCCGCCGAUCCCUCCGCCCGCAUUGCCUCCCCCGGCGCCGGUGAGCUCCCCGCCGAUCCCUCCGCCCGCAUUGCCUCCCCCGGCGCCGGUGAGCUCCCCGCCGAUCCCUCCGCCCGCAUUGCCUCCCCUGGCGGCCGCUCCGGUGGUGACGGCGGCUCCGGCGCCCUCCGCCGAGCCGCCGAAGCCCGCCGAGGUCUCCGCGCCGGCGCCGAGCAAGAAGAAGGGCGCCACCCCGACCCCCGCUCCGGCCGCCGCCACCACGGCCCCCUCUCCGGCGGGGUUCAACGAGGCCUCUUCCCCCGGACCCAGCCGCGGAGGCGCGGACGAGACGAGUGGAGCUGGGACGCGGGGUGCAGGAACGUUGGGCUCGGCGCUUCUACUGGCCGUUGCUACGGUGGUGGCCAUAUAGGCUUUUACAAUACUGCGCCUCUUAUUAUUACUCUCUGUGUUUCUGGUGUUGCUGCUGUCACGUACGACCUCUGUUGGGUGGUUUUCUUUUUUGUAGUAGGCUUUUGAUUGGGCUCUGUGUUUCUUUGUUUUAUUAUGGAUGCUUGGACCCCUGGAACACAUUUUCACUCGGAUUCUUUGUCUAGAGAGAAGAGGCUUGUAUUAUGUUAUUUUCGUUUCGGUUUCA